CAUCCCUAACGUUUUUCCAAUAAGAUUUGGCGUGAACAUUUUUUAUCAAUAUUAAUACGCGAAAGCUCUAAUCCUAUAAGAAAACCACAGCAAUGCAACUGAAAAUGCUGGACACUGUGAUCUUGUGAAAUUAUUCGAAUUCGUCGAAAAACAAAGGAAAUUCCCUGGGAAAACCAAUCAAUUUAAAACGCUGUGCAAACAGGCAGAUCAGGAUCACCUGCUAGCCGCACACCACCACAAGCACAGCCGAGUGGUCCACCGCUGCUUCCCAAAUAGACACGCAAGGACAUCGCACGGAGGACCGAGGAGCGGCAGGUUCAGGUUCAGGAUCAGGAUCAGGAUCUAGAGGAGCAGCAAGUGCAGGGCGACAGGACAGGAAUCGAUUUUAGGACCAUGUUCACGGGCAAGCUGCAGAUCAAGGUGUGCGAGGCGAGCGGCCUGCGGCCCACAGACUUUCAGAAGCGCCACAAUCUCACCUUCGGCAAAUUGGCCGACGAGCAGCUCAUCGAUCCCUAUGUAUCCAUAGAUGUCGACGAGAGUCACUUUGAUCGAGCCACCACACGGCCAAAAACAUUCGAUCCUGUUUGGAACGAGCAGUUUGUCCACGACGUGACCAAUGUUAGCAACAUCAAUUUGACCGUCUUUCAUGAUGCCGCUCUGCCGCCAGAUGAUUUUGUGGCCAACUGCAUCAUCUCCUUCGAGGACCUCAUGCAGAGCGAGACGGCUGUUCAAGAUCUAUGGGUUAAUUUGGAGCCCCAGGGCAAGAUUCACGUUAUUAUUGAGCUGAAGAAUCGCACGGGUUCGUAUAAAGCCAAAGCCGAGGCUGUCGUCGAGCACACCGUGGCCGUCAACAAGGAAUUCAAAGAGCGUGCUGGAUUCAACCGCCGUCGCGGUGCUAUGCGCCGUCGUGUCCAUCAGGUGAAUGGUCACAAGUUCAUGGCAACGUUUUUGCGUCAACCCACCUUCUGUUCGCAUUGUCGCGAGUUUAUCUGGGGAAUUGGUAAACAAGGCUAUCAAUGUCAAGUCUGCACGUUAGUUGUACAUAAAAAAUGCCACCUGUCCGUGGUGUCCAAGUGUCCGGGCAUGCGAGAUGAGCAAACCAAAGUGGAGGUGGUGCCAGCGGGCCAAAGGUUCAAUGUGAACGUACCGCAUCGCUUUGUGGUGCACAACUACAAGAGGUUCACCUUUUGCGACCACUGUGGAUCCCUGCUGUACGGUCUGAUCAAGCAGGGAUUACAAUGCGAGACCUGCGGGAUGAAUGUGCACAAGCGUUGCCAGAAGAACGUGGCAAAUACGUGUGGCAUCAACACGAAGCAGAUGGCCGAAAUCCUGAGUUCGCUUGGUAUUUCGCCUGACAAGCAGCAGCCGCGUCGCUCCAAAUACUUGAAUCAGCAGGUCGGCGAGGACAACUAUGGGGCAUCGUUGGGCUGCGAUGGGGAUGGUGCUCCGGGUCAGUCUUUCCGCAGUGGCACUCUAUCGGCGGACAGCUUGGCAACCUCCACGACGACGCUGACCAGUGGAUACAAUAGUAGCAGCUGCAUGAGCCUGGCGGUGGGUGGUACUGGUGGAGGCGGGGCCACAGGAGAGACUCGUCCUGGAAAGUGCUCUUUGCUGGACUUUAAUUUCAUUAAAGUACUUGGCAAGGGCUCGUUCGGAAAGGUGAUGCUCGCUGAGAAGAAGGGCACCGACGAGAUCUAUGCCAUUAAGGUGCUCAAGAAGGACGCGAUCAUACAGGACGACGACGUCGAUUGCACCAUGACGGAGAAGCGCAUACUGGCGCUGGCCGCCAACCAUCCCUUCCUGACUGCGUUACAUUCCUGUUUCCAGACCCCGGACCGCCUGUUCUUCGUGAUGGAGUACGUAAAUGGCGGCGAUCUGAUGUUCCAGAUACAGAAGGCGCGUCGUUUCGAGGCCUCGCGUGCCGCCUUCUAUGCAGCGGAGGUGACACUGGCGCUGCAGUUCCUUCAUACUCACGGCGUCAUCUACCGCGACCUGAAACUGGACAACAUCCUGCUUGACCAGGAGGGCCACUGCAAGCUAGCCGACUUCGGCAUGUGCAAGGAAGGCAUCAUGAAUGGCAUGCUGACCACCACCUUCUGUGGCACCCCCGAUUACAUUGCCCCGGAGAUACUCAAGGAGCAGGAGUACGGCGCCUCCGUCGACUGGUGGGCGUUGGGAGUCCUCAUGUACGAGAUGAUGGCUGGCCAGCCGCCGUUUGAGGCCGACAACGAAGACGAGCUCUUCGACUCCAUCAUGCACGACGACGUCCUUUAUCCGGUUUGGCUGUCCCGCGAGGCAGUCUCUAUACUAAAAGGUUUUCUCACCAAGAACCCGGAGCAGCGACUGGGUUGCACUGGUGAUGAGAACGAGAUACGCAAGCAUCCAUUUUUCAACAAGCUGGAUUGGAAAGAGCUGGAGAAGCGCAACAUAAAGCCACCAUUCCGACCGAAAAUGAAAAAUCCACGCGAUGCCAAUAACUUCGAUGCGGAGUUCACCAAGGAGGAUCCUGUACUCACACCGAUUGGAAACGACGUCGUGCGCUGCAUCAACCAGGACGAAUUCGCUGGAUUCUCGUUUGUGAAUCCCAAAUUCGGACCGGAACGCAAAGUCUACUAAGGCCCAACGAUCGCAGUUCAUGUUCACCAACCAGUUUGAUUGGUGCGAUGCGAUCUUAAGCCCCGAUGAGAUUGGGAAUCCCAAUGUGGCGACGGUGUGGCCAAACCAGAUCGUCAUCGAACCAAACUGUCAAAUGUCAUCCAGCGUGUAGCGCAUCCCCUAGCACAAGCAGUCUAAUAUUUUCAUUUAAAGUAACUCCCCCGGUGAACACGCCCCCAUUGUUGUCUGUUUCCAGCCGUAGUCGUGGUCCUCGUUUCGUAACCGGUCCUGUGUGAAUCACUCAUCCACAUCCAACUACCAGUGCCAAUUGUCGAAACUGCUAAGCUUCAACUUGAAUGAAAAGCGCACAAGGACGCGAAUUCUUAAGCUCUUGUCACCCGAAACUUCCCCCCUCACGCCCAAAAACCUUAACCGCUUUAAGCUCCACACCUGUUGGAAUCUAUUUAUGUUGUCUGCCAAGCCCCUAAAACAAAAAACAACAAAAAAAAAGAAGAGAAUGAAUCCCCCACCCAUCUAGUCAAUGCCCAGUGGCUGAGUGCAUUUUGUUAUUAGUUAUUUAUUGAUUGUUUGACGUGCCGAAUCUCAAGUUUCGCACUCACAGACCGACAGCAUCCAAGCAGAGCUCUUUUUAAGGGAGGCGAGGCACUUGCUCCAAGCGAAUCUCAAGGGAAUUUCUAACACAAUAGCCGCAAUGUGCCGUCUGUAGUACACACACACACACACACACACAAUACAUAUUACCACAAAAGUCUAAUUUGAAUUUGUUUUAUGUAUUCGAAAUCUUGCACAACUUCCUUCUCAAGUAUUAAAGCGAUAUUAUUUUAAAAUUACCUUAUUGUUAUACAUAAAUAUUUAUAAAAAUGAAAACAAAAACAAACAAAAUGAAGCCAAAAAACCCCUAAUACAAACGCAUACAAUUUACCAAGAAAGAGAAAGUAAAGCUAACUAAUCAUAGAGAUAAAGCUAAAACCCACAAAAAGAAUGUCUAUAAAAUUCAUAUUAAUUUAUGCUUAACAAAUUAUGGAUACAAGAAACAAAAUGUGUUUAGUCUGUAAGCCAAUGAAGAGGAGAACAAACAAAUUAUAUAUAUAAAGAGAUAUAUAUAUAUAUAUGAACCAUAUAAAUUGUGAAACUAAAGGCAUAUAUAAUACACACAAAGGAAAAACAAACAAACAAACACUUAGCGUAAUGAUGAAAAAGCCGAAACAAAAUUAUUUGAAAUGAUGUGGCAUAGGAUGAUAGGAGACAAACAAUAUUAAUGUUUAUUGUUGAUUUUAAAGCCAAAGACUCAAAGCUAAGUUCUAUUCGAAACUAACUGCAUUCAAAUUUUAGCAUAAAUAUUCUUUAAAUGUUAUUUUCGUGUGCUCCAAUGCUAAUUUAUUGCUGCAAAAUUAAUUUCUGUUUCGAUUUCAGUCUGCCACAAGAGGAGAAAUCAUGCUAAAAAAAAUCAUUAAUUAAUAUAUAAUAAUAAUUAUAAAGAAGGAAUAGCAAAGAAGGAUAACAGAAGAUUUAUUAACUAUAAGCAGCGUUGUUAACUAAAAAUCGUAAGGCAAAGGCAAGCAUAAACACACAUUUGUAUGUAAUAAUAAACGCCCAGUGUCUAAUAAUAUUUGUGAAAUAGCAAGCCCAGCGUAAGCGCUAGUUACCCAUUUACAAUUUAAAUGUUAACCCAAAGUAUUUUCAAGAACGCAUUUUACCAAAAAACAAAACAAACAACAAGAAAAGUAACAAAUACACGAUGAAUUGAAGGAGGAGUAUAGGCAAAAUGUUAAAAGCUAUGAAUAAUUUUUUAAGCAAUGCGCUCAAAGGCCUUUGCAAGGAUAGAGGCGCGUAUUCAAUUAAAACUAAAAUGAAAAAUAAAAAAUUAAAGCAAAACUCCAGCCAACAAGAUGAACUCAUAUAAACAUAGAUAUAGAUCCUUGAUCGGGAUCAGGAAUAGGUCAAGGAAAUAGCUAAAUUCGCUGUCGGUUAAGCAGAGAACAGAGAUAAGGGUAAUUAAUAGGAGAGUAACAGAAAAGGGAUUAUAGAUCAAAUCGCGUGACCGUAACCUGACAAACGUUAAAAUUAUAGGAAAAUGUGCAACCAAAAAUGUUAGCUAUAAGCUCUCACCGAAUACGCAAAGCUGAACGCUACCCCGCGCCCGCUGUUGUCUCCAUCUACUUACUAAAAAACCCGAAUCUUAUACUGAAUAUAUAUCUGGCUUGCCAAAAAAGGGUCCUUCAAUCAAACUCUGAAUGUACUCACUCGAUCAUCUUAGCUAACUUUUUCUGGAGCCGCGAAGCUCAAGCAAACACACACCCACUUACAUACAUAUGUGCAACUUUUUCAUGUACCUUUCGCAUCUUAGAUACUUAAAUGGAAUAUUAACGGAAACCCCGAAAAUGUUAACUGAUCUAAGGCAAAACUACACACAAACUACUAAGAAAAUAUACUGAAUUAUUUAUGGAACGGCGUACAAAACUAAAGCGCAACAAAAACAGAGAGAAGGUUAGAAUUUGACGGAAUCAUUGCAAGAGUAAUAAUCAUAAACAAAAAGUAUUCAAAAGAAAAACACACACACAACACAAAAAGCACAUACAAAACAGAUGAAAAACCAAACUAAAACUGAGGAAAAAACGGCAUAAAUAAAGUUUAAGUUAUGUUUAAACAAGAGAUAAAUAACUGUAACGGUAAAGUCGAAAGUCAACAGUUGAUAUGUUGUAAAAAAGCUAUUAAAAAAAAGAAAAAAAAAAAAAAAAGGAAAGAAUACCAAGGCAGGUAAAGGAGCGUAAUUGAAUGUUAAAGAAGCUACUAAAUAAAUGGUAUGAGCAGAUGUGUGCAAAGAUAACCAAAGAAAGCAAAAUUGAAAACAAGAAAAAUUGAUUUAUAACAUUAAGUGAAAACUAAUUAAUAAAUAAAGAGGUAACACCUAUGAAAAAUGUAA